UGCAGGAUUCGAGUCCAGACACAAAAGAAGCAAGCUCUGUAAAGCAGCUGAAAGGGACCACAUUUUCCUAAAAAACAACUUGCCUUAGCAAGCACCAUGAGGAUAUCCUACAGCUUGAUUUGGACCCUUUUCCAAGUUUGCUGUGCACUGGAAGGCCCUAAUGCAGUGACAGCGCCCCUUGGUGGACCAGUGACUCUGCUGUGCAAAUACGGAAAGGGUGAUGAAAAAUUGGUCAAAUUCUGGUGCAAGGAAACUAAUAGGAGAAUCUGCUCCAGUGACCGCAUUGUCCGGACAACAGGCUCAGAGGCUGAGGUCAAGUGGAAAAGAAUGUCCAUCAAAGACAACCAUCUAUUUCACGAGUUCCUGGUGACCAUGGAAAACCUCACGCAGGAGGAUGCUGGGACAUAUCUUUGCGGUGUGGAGCGGAGUUAUGACAUCUGGCACAAGGUGGAAGUGAACAUUCUGUCAGAUGCUGGGGGUUCCACCCAUUUUAGAAGCACAGAACAAGCAACAGAAGAACCAGGAGGAGCGAGCAAUGUUCCUGAAAGCAUCCAGCCCAGCAAGAAUGAUUUUCUGCUCCUCUUGAAAAUUCCCAUCUUCAUAGCCAUGUUAGUGGCUUUAGUGUGGGUGCAUAUGUGCUACAGAAAAGGAAGAUGCAGCACCAGGAGCCCAGAGACACAAGAGGAGCUCCAAGCAGUCCCAUCGAAAGAUGUGGUGACUACAACGGCUUUGGAGAAGAGGGAGGAGGUUUCUUAUGCCACGCUGGCCUUUUCGGAUCAGAGGGAGCAGGCCAUCUAUGACAACGUUGCUCCCCAUGGCCAUGCCCUCCCACAACCCCGAACGCAGGAGGAUGACCACACACAUUUUCAGUUCACCGUGAGGAUGGAGGACCUCACAGAGCAAGAUGCUGGUGGAUACUGGUGUGCCAUAGAAAGAUCUGGGAAAGAUCAUGGAACCCUUGUAACUAUUACUGUUCUCCCAGGUUCAUGGACUUUGACUGGCCCUCGCAAAAUGGACAGUUCUGUAGGAGGCUCACUCUCUGUGAUCUGCAAUUAUACCAAAGGCUAUGAGAAGAACGCAAAGUUUUGGUGCAAAGUGGAGCCAGGCUUUUUUCUUGAUAGCUGUCCAGUACUAAUUGAAUCAGGAUCCAAGGAUGAGACAAGGCAGGGCAAUAUCUAUAUCAAAGAUAACAAGGAAAAGCACUACUUUGAGGUGACCAUGGACAAUCUGAGAAUGGAAGAUUCUGGGAUUUAUAAAUGUGGCAUACAUCGUACGGUGUUUAUUGAUAUAAAACAUAGAGUUACAGUGAAUGUUAUGUUUACAGUUCCAGAAGAAAGGCUGCCAAAUACUAAGCCAGAGGAAAGGCUGCCAACUACUAAGCCGGAGGAAAGGCUGCCAACUACUAAGCCAGAGGAAAGGCUGCCAACUACUAAGCAGGAAGAAAGAGUGUCAGCUACGAAACACCCAGAAUCUGACCCUCCUAUCAAGGGAACAGUUAAAUCCAAUCCCGGCCCUGCUCACACAGGGCCCCGCAAUUCACAACUGUACAUCCUGAUAUAUUCCAGCAUUCCACUGCUUGCUCUUCUACUUACAAUCGUGGUGGUGGCUGUUGUGUCAAGGUGCAAGAGGACAGGAUCAUGCUUGGUGAGAAAAAAAGAAAGACAAGUAUCAAACAUGGCUUUGGAGAAGAGGGAGGAGGUUUCUUAUGCCACGCUGGCCUUUUCGGAUCAGAGGGAGCAGGCCAUCUAUGACAACGUUGCUCCCCAUGGCCAUGCCCUCCCACAACCCCGAACGCAGGAGGUAAUCUACACAGAAGUGGCAAAGUAGUCUGACCGUGGCCAGUAGCAUCGUGCACCAGGGACUGACACGCCUCCACAACCUGUGCCUUAUGUGAUCGGCCAGCGAGAGAGGUCCCAUUUGCGCGGAAGAGGCAUGGCUGCACGCAGAACAACCUCGGGGGCCCAGGGAAAGUCGGGGCUGAAAAGUGAGGGCAGGGGCCUGUCUCCACAGACGUUGCUGCUGCUCUGCCUAAAUGUUAGGGCAGAUCCCCAUUCUUCCUGUCCUACAGGCAGGGCGGAUA